GUAGUAUUCGAAAAUAAAGUAAAAGAUGCCAGCAAGGAUACUAGAUGACCCGAUUCCAGCAACUGAUUUCCCCGUGGAACUCUUAGAUGAGGUGGAGUUGGAUCCGCCUGUCGUUGAGAGGCGGGCAUGUGAACUUGUCAUCAGCGGAAUAUCGUGUCGGCUACCGGAGUCUGAGAAUGUGAAGGAAUUUGAAGAACAUCUUAUGAAUGGUGAUGACAUGGUGACAGAGGAUGACAGAAGAUGGCCACCUGGUUUGUAUGGAUUACCGAAGAGAUGUGGAAAACUGAAGACACUAGACAAAUUCGAUGCAACUUUCUUUGGGGUUCAUCCGAAACAAGCUAACAGCAUGGACCCCCAAUUACGCAUGCUGCUGGAGGUGACUUAUGAAGCCAUCGUUGAUUCUGGUACGAACCCUUCCAGUAUCAGAGGAUCUAAGACAGGCGUGUUUAUUGGGGCCAGUGCGUCGGAGGCUCACGAGGCAUGGGCGACGGACCCCCAGAAAACCGUUGGAUACAGCAUGACAGGGUGCACACGAUCCAUGUUCGCAAACAGAUUAUCUUAUUUUUUUGACUUUAAAGGUCCUAGUUUUGCCCUUGAUACCGCUUGUUCCUCCAGCCUUUUGGCCCUCGACCAAGCAGUGAACAGCAUUCGACAGGGGCACUGUGAUGCCGCCAUUGUGGGAGGGUGUAGUGCCUGUCUGAAGCCUCUCACUGCCCUACAAUUUCUGAAGCUGGGGAUGCUUUCUCCUGAUGGAACUUGUAAAUCAUUUGAUGCUAGUGGAAAUGGGUAUUGUCGAAGUGAAGGAAUUGUAGCUGUGUACCUUCAAAUGAAGCCUGAAGCAAAGAGGAUUUACAGCACUGUAGUCCACACAAAGACAAACUCAGACGGUCACAAAGAACAGGGAAUCACCUUCCCAUCAGGAAAAAUCCAGAAAAGGCUGCUUUAUGACGUGUAUGAGGAGGCUGGGGUGGCUCCCAAUAAAGUGGUGUACGUGGAGGCUCAUGGGACAGGGACCAAGGCAGGUGACCCCCAAGAGGUCAACUCUAUUGUGGAUGUGUUCUGCAAGGACAGAGAAGGACCACUACCCAUAGGGUCUGUAAAGUCCAACAUGGGUCAUGCUGAACCUGCCUCUGGUCUUGCAGCUGUUGCUAAAGUGAUUAUUGGGAUGGAAAAUGGUAUCAUUCCUGGUAAUUUACACUACAGUGAGCCUAAUCCAGAUAUUCCAGGCCUGAUAGAUGGUAGACUAGAAGUUGUCAAAGGAAAUAUGCCCAUGAAGGAGGGGUUUGUUGGAGUAAAUUCUUUUGGAUUUGGAGGCUCAAAUGUUCAUGCAAUUUUGAAGUCAUCAGAACUCCCAAGGGAAAACACUCAUGAAGCCAGCACAGCAAAAAGAUUAUUUGUCUAUUCCAGCAGAACAUCAGAUGGUGUACAAAAUAUUCUCCAAAUGGCUCAAGACAAUAAACACAAUGUAGAAAUGCAUGCUCUGCUGAAUGAAAGUGCCAACUUGGAUGUCUCUACUGAAAUGUACAGAGGAUUCACCAUUCUCAAUGGGUCUGAUAACUCCAUGCAUAUGCAGUCAUACAAUGGAGAGAAGAGACCAACUUGGUUUGUUUUCUCUGGUAUGGGGACCCAGUGGUAUGGUAUGGGAAGAGAUAUGAUGGUAAUUGAUGUCUUCAGAAACUCUAUCCUAAAGUCUGAUGUUGUUUUGUCUGUGUAUGGUGUGAAGCUCUAUGAUCUGAUGAUGAAUGCUGAAGAAUCAGCUUUUGAAGACACAGUUAAUUCCUUCAUUUGCAUUGCUGCUAUUCAGGUAGCAUUGGUGGACACCUUGAGGGUGAUGGGAAUCAAACCAGAUGGAAUUGUAGGACAUUCUGUUGGAGAGCUUGGAUGUGGCUAUGCUGAUGGAUCUCUGACAGCUGAGGAGACAGUUCUUGCUGCUUACUGGAGAGGAAGGUGCAUCAGAGAGUCCAAUCUACCCCCAGGAGGAAUGGCUGCUGUUGGUCUCACAUGGGAGGAAGCCUGUGCUCAGUGUCCACCUGGUGUAGUUCCUGCCUGUCACAAUUCUGAGGAUACAGUUACCAUUUCGGGACCCAAAGAGGCUGUGGCUACAUUUGUGAGGCAGCUGAAGGAGAGGCAGGUCUUUGCUAAAGAGGUCAACAGUUCAGGAGUUGCUUUUCAUUCUUAUUAUAUGGCAAAAAUUGCCCCUGUGCUCAAGGCAGCUCUUGACAAGGUAAUCAAACCAAAACCAAGAAGCAAAAAGUGGAUCAGUUCUUCAAUUCCAGAGAAAAGCUGGGACAGCGAUAUGGCACAGUAUUCUUCAGCAGAGUAUCAUGUCAAUAAUCUGGUCAGUCCUGUCUUAUUCCAGGAAGCUCUGAAACAUGUUCCAGACAAUGCUAAUGUGAUUGAAAUUGCUCCCCAUUGCCUGCUGCAGGCAAUCCUGAAGAGAUCUCUCAAAUCCAACUGCUGUAAUGUUGGACUAAUGAAGAGAGGUCAUACAGACAAUGUUGAGCACUUCCUUAUGGCACUUGGAAAGUGCUACACUUUUGGUAUGAAGAUGAAUCCUCUGAAGUUGUACCCCGCAGUUAGUUUUCCAGUUCCAAGAGGUACACCAAUGAUUUCUCCAGCGAUACAAGCCCAGUGGGAUCACUCUGUGAACUGGGAUGUACCCACAAUGGAAGAAAUGAUGGCUGGAGGUGGUGGAGAUUCUGGUUUUGUAAAAGAGUUUACCAUUGGACCAGAUUCUUCUGACAACUACCUGACUGGACACUGCAUCGAUGGAAGGGUGCUGUUUCCUGCCACUGGGUACCUGGUGUUAGCAUGGCAAGCAUUAGCCAAAGUAAAGAAUCAAAACUGGGAGGAAAUGCCUGUAAAAUUUGAUGAUGUUAUGAUUCACAGGGCUACCAUCCUACCUUCUGAAGGAAAAGUAAAAUUCCAGGUCGUAAUAAUGUCAACAACAGGGGACUUUGAGAUCAGUGAGAGUGGGUCAUUGUCUGUCAGUGGAAAAAUCAAGGAGAUAGAAUCAUCAGAAGCAGAGAUUUUACCCAGUACAGAGAGACCAGCCAUGCAACUCGGUGGUGCUGAUGUCUACAAAGAGCUCAGACUUAGGGGAUAUGAUUAUGGACCAGACUUCAGAGGAAUCUCAGCUGCUGAAAUUAAUGGAAAGUGUGGAGAAUUGAUUUGGAAGAACAACUGGGUUUCCUUUUUGGACACUAUGUUGCAGAUAUCAAUUUUACAUAUGUCUGGAAAUGGAUUAUGUCUUCCAACCAGAAUCAAGUCGAUCACAGUUAAUCCAUCCCUACAUGGAAAGAAUGCCUAUACCAAUGAUGAUGACCAAUCAGUGUUAUUUGUGGAAGUGGAUGAGUACACAGACAGAUGUAGAUCAGGAGGAGUCACAAUUCAUGGACUUCAUGCCUCCACAGCUCCACGGCGACAGCAGCAACACAAACCUCCCACUCUGGAGAGAUUUGAGUUUGUUCCCUACAUUACUAAUAACUAUGUCAAUCAAUCCCCUUCUCUAAAAAGUUAUGCUGCAAUGUGUAGACACUAUGCACUGCAGAGCUUGAAGAAUCUCCAACAAAGCACCAACAGUAUCAUCAACCAAGAUACACUCCAAAGCAUUCUCUCACAUCUUUCUGAGGAUUGUCAAUUGUCAGUUGAAGAUGUCUUCCCAUAUGAGGCAAGCACUUCAUUACUGGAACUCCUUAAACAGCAGAUAAACACCAUAGAUAUUCAGAAAGACAGGCUGUUGAGAAGUCUUUCACAGUCAGAUGUUUUAAAACCUGCUUUGGAUAUUGUCAUUGAAAACUGUACAAGUUCAUGUCUGAAUGUAUUGGAGGUGGAAGCAGAAGACAGUUGCUUCUACAGAAGUGUUUAUCCUAUGAUGAUGUCACACCCAAUGAUGAACAUCUGCUACAGAGUCACAGGAUGUACAGAAGAUAUUUCUCAGGAGGAAAAGGAUCUCUACAACCUAUUACCAGAACAAUGGAACAUCUCAAAUGCACCCCCUAACAUUAAACCUUGCAAUCUUAUAAUCCUUCAAAAUGUGCUUCACAAACAAUCAAAUCUCAAACAAACACUACAAAACACUGCCCAAGCUCUUGAUGAAGAUGGCUUUCUUUUAAUACAAGAAGUGACUGAAAAUUUCCCUAUAAUGCUUGCAGUGCUAUGUUUGCAAGAAAAGCUUCCAAAAAUUGAGGAUUCUGACAAGAGAUCUGAUUACUGUUUUUGCAAUGAAGACAAAUGGAACCAAAUAUUUAAAGAAAUGGGUCUGAGUCUCAUAUAUAAAAGAUCUGAUGGCAUCAUGUCAUCCCUGUUUUUACUCCGUAAGAUGAAGCCCAUAGUCCCUACAACCAUAAUAGAUGUAAGCUGUUACAGUUGUACAUGGUUUGAGGAUAUGAAAUCAAAAAUAUUGGAAUUAGCAGAUGGAACAUCAAGCAGAAUGUUAUGGUUGUCUUCCGAAACUGGCAGUCCUAAUGGAGUAGUUGGCAUGGUGAACUGCCUUAGGAGAGAAGGGGGAGGUCCUAAUAUCAGAUGUAUCCUUAAUAAUACUGUGGGUAAGAGCAGCCUGAAUCUAACUGAGGAAGUAUUCACAAUUCUUCAAGAGAAAAACUUACUUAUGAACAUUUAUAGAGAUGGAGUUUGGGGAUCAUUUAGACAUCUCCCUAUUCAAGAAGAUAAAUUCAUAGAGAAGAAACCUAGUAGCCAUGCUUAUGUUAAUGUACUGACACGAGGUGACCUAUCUAGUCUUCACUGGAUUGAGUCUCCACUUAGAUUUUCUACCUCCAUGACCAUGUGUUCCGUGAAUUACGCUGCUCUCAACUUCCGAGAUAUAAUGUUAGCCACGGGUAGACUGCCCCCUGAUGCCAUUCCAGGAGAUCUUGCUCAGCAAGACUGCAUUCUUGGAAUGGAGUUCUCGGGGUAUAAUAGUGAUGGAAAGAAAGUAAUGGGACUGGUCCCAGCAAAGGGACUAGCCACACACAUUGAUGUAUCUCCAAAAUUCCUCUGGUCAGUUCCGAUGGACUGGACAUUGGAACAAGCAGCUACUGUCCCUGUGGUCUAUACCACUGUUUAUUAUGCCUUAGUCAUCAGAGGCAGAAUAAAGGCAGGUGAUAAGGUCCUGAUUCACUCGGGAAGCGGUGGGGUGGGACAGGCAGCUAUUUCGGUGGCUCUUCAUCAUGGAUGUGAAGUUUUUACCACCAUAGGCUCAAAGGAAAAGAGAGAGUUCCUAAAGUUAAGAUUUCCUCAAAUUCAGGAUGAUCACUUCUGUAAUUCCAGGGAUGUGUCAUUUGAAAAGGAUAUAUUAACUGUAACAAAAGGGAAAGGAGUUGAUGUUGUCUUGAACUCCCUCUCUGAAGAAAAAUUACAGGCCAGCUUACAGGUGUUAGCACAACAUGGAAGGUUUCUGGAAAUAGGAAAAUAUGAUCUCUCAAAUAACACUUCUCUAGGGAUGUCCAUCUUUCUGAAAAACAUAAGUUUCCAUGGUAUUCUGUUGGAUGCUCUGUUUGAUGAGAACAAUGCUGACUGGCAGGAAGUGUCCUCUCUGCUGGAUGAUGGGAUACAUUCUGGUGCAGUGCAACCUCUGAGUAGCUGUGUGUUUGAAAAGAAUCAGUUGGAGGAAGCUUUCAGAUUCAUGGCUCAAGGGAAACAUAUUGGAAAAGUGCUUAUAAAGUUUUCAGAUGAAGUUGCUAACAUUUCUUCUGAAAAGUUAUCAGUCAUUCCAAGGUCAGCAUGCAAUCCAAACAAAGCAUACAUAAUCACUGGAGGCCUGGGAGGCUUCGGACUAGAGCUUUCUGAAUGGCUGAUAGAAAGAGGAGCUCGUUUUCUAGUCCUCACAUCCAGAUCAGGAGUGAAAUCUGGAUACCAGAAGAGGAAACUCAUGAAAUGGCAGAGAAAAGGAGUCCAGGUCAUCAUAUCUAACAGGGAUCUUCAAAGUGAAGAGGACACAAAACAACUAAUACAGGAAACCUGCCAAAUAAUGCCUGUGGGAGGAAUAUUCCAUCUAGCCAUGGUCUUGAAAGAUGGGCUGAUAGAGAACCAGACUGUUGAUCAUUUCCAAAGUGUCUGCAAACCGAAAGUCUUUGGAACUAUGUACCUUGAUAAAGUUACCAGAGAGGUAUGCAGGGAGAGUAUGGAUUGGUUUGUUGUUUUCUCAUCAGUCAGUUGUGGAAGAGGAAAUGCUGGACAAGCUAACUAUGGUCUGGCCAAUUCAUUCAUGGAAAGAAUUUGUGAAAAAAGAAAGAAGGAUGGAUUUCCAGGACUUGCAAUCCAGUGGGGAGCAAUUGGUGACGUCGGUGUCGUCUUGGAAACUAUGGGAAAUAAUGACACAGUGAUUGGAGGAACACUUCCUCAGAGAAUUAUGUCAUGCUUAUCCACUCUAGACAAGUUUUUGAACAGACCAGAACCAGUUUUGUCCAGCUUUGUUCAGGCUGAGUCCAAGACUGAAAAUAAGAGUGGUGGAAGUGGACAGAAUCUUGUUCAAGCUGUCUUUAACAUACUUGGUGUAAAAGAUGCAAGCUCUGUCAGUGUGGAUACAACUUUUGCAGACCUUGGUUUGGACUCUCUGAUGGGUGUAGAGAUCAAACAGACUCUAGAGAGAGAUUAUGAUUUGGUGUUAUCUACAACAGAAAUCAGACAACUCACAAUGAAUAAGCUGCAGGAAUUGUGCAGCAGUAAAGGACUGCAGAAGGAGUCCCAUCAGACAUUAGGUCUCUCUGACAGAUAUCAGCUGGACAAAAUGAUGCCAGAUCAAGCCAUCAUCUGCCUUCAAGAAAAACAUAGUGACAAGAGACUCUUCUUGGUGCAUCCACUGGAAGGUGAUUGCACAAGUCUGAAGGAGCUGGUCGAAAAAUUGCCAUAUACAGUAUAUGGACUUCAGUGUUCAUCAGAUGUGCCAUUAAAUUCCAUUUCCUCUAUGGCUUUACAUUAUAUUCAGUGUAUUAAAUCCAUACAAAAGAGUGGUCCUUACUUUCUGUCGGGGUACUCAUUUGGUGCAUGUAUUACUAUGGAGAUAGCAGCUCAGUUGGAGGAUGCAGGAGAGGUCAUCAGUCAGCUGAUCUUGUUGGAUGGCUCCCACAACUUUGUCUCAGUAUACACUGAAAUGUACAGGGACAGAAAAACUAUUGAAAGUGAAGCCAUGGCUGAAACAGAGGCAUUGUGUAGCUUUGUUCAGCAGUUCCUUCCUGGAAACUCUACUCAGUUGAUGGAACAACUUUCUGGGGCAGAGGAUUUUGAGACCAGGGUCAAAAUUGCGUCAGAUGCCUUGAUGACCACUGGGUUGUUCCCCGAUGUUAAGGAUUUACAGAGAGCUGCCAGCUCUUUCUAUAGACGACUCCAGAUUGCAGAGAAAUUCUCUUUGAGUCGUAAAAUUCAGUGUCCCAUCCAUUUGCUGAAGGCAGCUGACAGCAAGCUCCAAUCCAAGGAUUCAGAUUAUGGGCUCUCCGAGGUGUGUUCCGGGGAACUCAAAGUUGAAACAGUCCCAGGCAACCAUGAAACCUUCAUAAAGGGAGAUAAUGCUGUGAUUACUGCCAUACAUUUUAUAAAAUGAUGUCAAGUAACAGCCAGUAAUACUUGAAACAUUCAGUUAAAUAAUUAUCACGUUCCAACAAGAUAAGGAUCGACUUUUAUACCAAUGAUUAUAAUAUAUAGAUAAUAUGUGUGUGUGGAUACAUAAUCUGGUUUCAUUUUGAUGAUCUCAAUUUUUACUAGUAUUUAUUUUUCCCGUGUGUAUUUUCUGUGUAUCUGAACCAAAUCAUCCCUGAAUUGUAAAAUUCAUUGGAAUAAAUCAAGAACAUAUCCA